GUGAGUUCCUUCGGGGUUACUCCGGCAGUAGGUGGACUAUCAUCUGGGACAGUUGGGGAAGCCUCCACAGCCCUGAGUUCAGCAGCCCAGGUAGCUUUGCAGUCUCUCUCUCAUGCAAUGGCUUCAGCCGAGCAACAGCUACAGGUGCUGCAAGAGAAACAGCAGCAGCUUUUGAAGCUUCAGCAACAGAAAGCAAAGCUGGAAGCCAAGUUACAUCAGACAACAGCUGCAGCAGCUGCAGCAGCAUCAGCAGCAUCAGCAGUAGGUCCUGUCCACAACUCUGUGCCUUCCAACCCAGUGGCUGCCCCUGGAUUCUUCAUUCAUCCAUCCGAUGUUAUUCCACCCACUCCAAAAACAACACCACUUUUUAUGACUCCACCACUCACUCCACCCAAUGAAGCAGUUUCUGUUGUGAUUAAUGCUGAACUUGCACAGCUUUUCCCAGGCUCAGUCAUUGAUCCCCCAGCAGUCAAUCUUGCAGCACAUAACAAAAAUUCCAACAAGUGCAGAAUGAAUCCCCUUGGUUCUGGUCUGGCUCUUGCAAUUUCUCAUGCUUCACAUUUUCUUCAACCUCCACCUCACCAGUCCAUUAUUAUAGAGAGAAUGCAUUCAG